AGUCAAUCAAUCAGUCAUAUCAAAUCAAUCUCACGGAAUUCCAUCACAAAAAAAAAAUUAAAAAGAAAAGAAAAUGUCAUCUUCAACUGGUUUUGCUCCGGACCACCACCUCCUCUCUCCUUCCGGGCAGCUCUGUUACGUCCAUUGCAAAUUUUGCGACACUGUCCUCGCCGUCUGCAUCUCUGUGGGUGUUCCUUGCACGAGUUUGUUCAAGACAGUGACGGUGAGAUGCGGGCAUUGCUCCAACCUUCUCUCUGUGAACAUGCGUGGAUCUCUCCUCCCCUCUCCCAACCUCACCCACUCCCUCUUCUCUCCCCACAAUCUCCUGGAGGAGAUCCGCACCAACGCGCCGCCAAACCUGCCCAUCAAUCCAUUCGACCCUUCUCUCUUCCUUCGGGAGAUCGAUGACCUUCCCAAGCCUCCUGCUGUUAAACGACCCCCGGAGAAAAGACAGAGAGUGCCCUCUGCUUAUAACCGCUUCAUCAAAGAUGAGAUCCAGCGUAUCAAAGCUGGAAACCCUGAUAUCAGUCACAGGGAGGCCUUCAGCGCUGCUGCAAAAAAUUGGGCCCACUUUCCACACAUCCACUUCGGCCUUAUGUCUGAUCAACCCGUGAAGAAACCAAAUGUGUGCCAACAGGAAGGAGAUGAAGUGAUGAUGAAAGAUGGGUUUCUUGCUUCUGCCAACAUCGGUGUGUCACCGUACUAGUCAAUUGCAGUCUAUGGUCGUGUGCCUUCUUAGUAUAUCUGUUUUGCUUCUAUGAUUAGGGUUUUCUGAGGUGUUAUUAUGCUGUGUUAAGACUGUUUGGACAUUUUCGGAUAGGUUUAUGAGCUUCGAAAUGGUGUGUUAUGUUGGGAGAGGAUUUUGAUGUGGGCCGGGGUGCUUAACUGUAGUUAGCUCUAACUACAGAUCUCCUAAACCCUUCUGAAAAUGAAGCUUGCUUUAAUAAAUCUAAUGUAUCUGUGUUUCCUUUA